GGGUGGUGAUGGCUGUGGACUUAGAUGGCUUUAAAAGGGAUUCAAUAAACUCGGAGAGAAGCAGAAAUUCUUAUGGACAGUCAUGACAGCAACUGCAACGAUGGAGGACCACAUUUCCCAGAGCUCCUUGGAACCGGGGUUGCAACUCCUCCCGUCGUUCCUCCUGGAUCCUCGGCGUUUAUGGAUUGCUGGAGGUGUUUCCCGGAGGACGUGGCUGCCUAUUUCGUAAAGGGGGAAAUGGUUCCCUUUCGCGUGGAGUUUUCACCCCUUUGCGCCCCGUUUCUCUCCAGCUAAAUCCCGCGCAGUAAAGAACUGCGGCGUCAGCUGGGAACGAAGCAGCUCCAGCCCCGCAACAGAACGGAAGGCGCCCCCUUUCUCUCUCUCCCCCAUAAAGCCCCUGUGCCUUCGGCGGCUGCAUGCCAGGCAGCAAUUCCACCUGCAGAGCUUUCUCCAAGUCCACGCUGGGAAAAGCUGCUGCCAAAUCUGUGUAACUCUGCAAGCGUUUUAAGCAGCGAUACCUUCGCGGAUAAGACUUCACUUAAGAACCUGGAGAUAGGGUAUUCGGAGUGCGUGUAAAUAUGCAUUUACCCCCCCAAAAAAGGCUUUUAUUAUUUAUUUAACAGUAGUCUUGUGCUACUGAGCGCAUUAAUUACGGUAUAACUUUUAAUCUAUAUAAUUUGCCAGCUGGCAUCGUAAGCCUAGUCCACAAAACCUUACGCCGUAAUACAUUUGAUAAAAGAGUUUCCACAACCUGCAAGAUCCUGCGCCGCUGUUGCUGGUGCAACAGAUUAAUAUGGCCACCCCUCCGGAUUUCUUUUUCUUCCCUAAGAAGCAAACACUCUACUGUAUCUUAAUAAUGAAGGAAGGCACAGGUUAGGGAGAGGAAGAGGCCUCAAUGCCACCCAAAACUACAGCCCCCAUAGUCCCUUGCAACUAUCCCCCGGCAUCCUCCGCAGUCCUAACCUCCCCAGAUUGGAGCAACCGAGACCUGCCACUUGGCGAAAUAGAUCUGGGCGCUGAGCGGGUGGCGCCCGGACGGCGGCUUGCAAAGUUGGUCUUCCUACCCCAGGGUUAUCCGGAAAGUGUGAGUUCAGACUACCUGGCCUACCAGAUUUGGGACACGGUGCAGGCCUUUGCCAGUAGCAUCACAGGGACUCUGGCCACCCAGGCUGUGCUGAAAGGGGUGGGAGUCGGGGAUGAGGCUUCAACCGUCACGGCUGCUACUGUCACCUGGAUCCUGAAAGAUGGGACUGGGAUGCUGGGCCGAAUUGUCUUUGCCUGGAGUAAGGGGAGCAAACUGGACUGUGAUGCGAAGCAAUGGAGGCUCUUUGCUGAUGUCCUGAAUGACAUGGCCAUCUUAAUGGAGAUUCUGGCCCCAGCAUUCCCAGCAUGCUUCACUCUCAUUGUGUGCAUCAGUGGCUUCUUCAAGUGCAUUGUGGGAGUUGCUGGAGGGGCCACUCGGGCAGCCCUCACCAUGCACCAGGCCCGGCGGGACAACAUGGCCGAUGUUUCGGCCAAAGAUGGAAGCCAGGAGACCCUGGUGAACCUAGCUGGCCUCUUCUUCAGUCUUCUCCUCAUUCCUCUUGUAGCAGACAAUCUCCGCCUCACUUAUUCCCUCUACGGCCUCUUCACUGCCUUGCACCUCUACGCCAAUUAUAGGGCGGUACGAUCCAUCUGCAUGGAGACCCUCAACCGUGCCCGGCUCCGCCUGGUCUUGCGGCAUUUUUUGCAACGGGGUAAAGUGCUGGGACCUGCUCUCGCCAACCCUCAGGAGCCUCUGGUGCCAGGGUUUCAGCAGCAGCUCAGGGUGAACCUUGGGACACCACUCCACACUGUGGCCUCCAGAGUUGCAGAUUUCCAGAAAGCCCUUGAAGGGAAUGCCACAAAUCACUUAAUCUUCGUCAGCCGAGCAGCAGGGACUGUCUCCAUUCUCCUACACCGACUGGCAGGCAGCGUGGAUGUAAUUAAGGCCUGCACUCACGCCUUCCUCCUGGAAGUCCUGCUGUACCAAGAUGUGACAACGUCUGCCUUGGAGGAAGAGUCUCUCCUGAAUCUGCAGCGUAGGCUUCGUGAAGAACCUGAGAAUAAGGACAGCACUGCGAUUUCUGAAACACAUCAGCUGUUGGACAAAAUAUUUCCCAGAUUCCUGGCAGGAUUGACAGCAGCAGGAUGGGUAACAGACCGGAACCUUCUGGGCCCUGAUGAGUGGCGCAUGGAUUGGACCAUCCCUGAAAAGAAAACCCUUUAACUCCAAGAGACAUUUAACAUGGUGACUUGCUAAAGCCUUGGAAAGAGUGGUUCUCAGUUGCCAUAGUGAUGCCAGAGGUGCUGUCUCUGCCUCACAUGGGGUUGUCAGAGUUUUUAAUGCCAAAAUGGAGGGGAGCGCAGGGUACCUGCUCCCUCCCUGAUUUUUUGAGGGUGAGAGGAAAACACAAAAAUAAACCUUUUUUAUAAA